AUAUUAUAAUAUUUCGAAAAUGUUCUACAUUUGUUACUAAGGGAUUUUACAAUCAAUUGCUUCAAUAAAAACAAUUAAAAUGCCAGUAGAAUAUCGUCAGAAUAAAAAUUAUACUUCAACUCAUCUUAGUUAUUAUGAAUUACCUCAUUCAAUAGGACGUCAUCAUAUGUCACAAAAUUAUAAUCAACAAAAUGCAUCAGAUCGUCUUUAUCAAAUAGCUAUACAAGCUGCAGUGGCCAAAGCAGAAUCAUCUAAAUCCACAAAUGAUGAAAUUCGUAAAUUUUAUCAUGAUGAUAAUAAAUAUAAAUUAAAUAAAACAAAACUAAACAAUAAUGUACAUAAUCAUACUAUUAAUAAUACAAUUACUACAAUCAGCACUACAACUACAAUAAUAACAACUACUAAUACUGCUAUUACUACCACUACUACUCCUUCGACAAAUUUAUCAUCAAAAGUUAAAACAGCACAUUUAACUCCUCAACAAUGGCAGUUAUUAAAUGAUUAUCAUGAACAUGAUUUAUUUGUACGUACAAGAAGUUGGAGUUUUUGUAUGGCAGUUUUAGGUGUUGGUGUAACAUUGUUUGGUAUUGGUAGUCCAGCAUGGAAAUGGAUUGGAGAUUCUCGGAAUCCUUAUGAACUUGGUUUAUGGACCUUGUGUCUACCGAACAAUUCCACUUGUCUUUCAAUAAUUUACCACUUACAGAAUAACUGGAAACUUCAUAUAUCAAUUAUAUGUCUACUGGGUUGUGCCUGCUUAUUUGGAAUAUUGGGUUUGGGUUUAGCUAUUACAGGUGUGUGCAAAAGUGCCUUGAUUCUUAGACUUUAUUAUUAUCAUUCAGCUGGUGAAUGCUUUUUGGUUUCAAGUAUUGCCACAAUAACUGCUUUAAUACUCUAUCCAAUAUCAGCUGAAACAUGUAUACAAAAUUUAUUAAACCUUAAUAUAUUCAAAAUCAAAUCAACUGAUCACACUUCCACGAUCAGCAUAUCUAGUAACAAUAACAACAAAAAUCCUGCUUCUGAAGAAGAUGUAUCAUUGACCAAUAUUGAGACACAAUUUGGAUAUACAUAUUUUUUGACAUGGAUUGCAGCGCUAUUUUUUGUCAACUCAUUCAUAUGCAUGAAUUUAGAUUUAUUGAUACAAUCAUUCGUUCGACCAAUACCACUAAUCAGCAAUACGAUAAAUAAUUUAAUGCCAUGCUGUGGUUUGUCUACCUCGUUAUCAGAAUCACCAGUAUCGUCUAAAUCGUCACACUCAUCUUGUCAUUUUAAUGAAUCUAUUUAUAAAAAGCAAAGACAUGAAUGUGCUGAACAGAACAUAGAACAUAUGGUAUUAUCAAACAGUAAUCAAAAUACUGAAACUAAUCCUAGUGGCAAUCUACAUUCUAAGCGCAAACUGAUAAAAUAUCAAAGAGAAUUCGUAUCAUUCGACGAUAGUAUUACAGAGAAUAGUCAACAUCAACCUUGUCAAGUACCAAACAUUCUUUUGAGUGAUUAUGAUAAGGAAUGCGAAUUAAUAAAUUCACGAAAUAAAGAAUUGUACAAGGAAAAUUCUAUUAAUAUUACUGAUGAGAUUGUAGUGAUUCCUGAUGAGAUUUUACAAGAUUCAGGUCAAGAUGGUGAAUGGAUCUAAAUACAAGAUAAAAUAUACGGAUCCAAGUGCCUUGAACUGAAUAAAAUAGAAUCCACGCUGUUCACCUGUAAUUUAUAUCACAGAAUGCUUUUAUCUAUUAUUCUGACGUAUUGAUUUGUCAUCUCUUGUUCAGUGAUUGAAGUUUUCCCAAUAGUACCUUAUAAAUAAAAUACACUUAUCAUUUAGAUGAAAUUAGAAUUAGUAAUGCAUCCUGUGUUUGAAUCAGGUAAUAAUUUACAUUACCUGCAUGUGUGAGCAUUAUUUUAGAUGACCAAAUAUCAAGGGAAUAUAUAUAUAUAUAUAUAAACUUAUUGAUCAAGAUUAUUGGUAACCAUGUUGAAUAUUUUAACAUUUCCUCCUCUGGAAAAAGAUAUACACUAAUAUAUACACAUAUUCAAAC